AUGGGCCCCAGAAAUCCCUCUCCUGACCCACUGUCAGAAUCAGAAAGUGAGGAAGAGGAAAACGCAAAUUACCUAAAUGAGAGUUCUGGGGAAGAGUGGGAUUCCUCUGAAGAAAAAGCUGUGGUGCCCAAAUUAAUGCCUCUUGAGAGUCUUGCCUGGCAGGUUAAGUGCCUUUUAAAAUAUUCCACAACUUGGAAACCUUUAAAUCCUAAUUCUUGGUUGUAUCAUGCUGAACUCUUGGAUCUAAGUACACCAGUCCAUAUACUUCAAGAGAUAGGUCUAAGACUCUCCCACUGUUCCCGUUGUGUACCCAAACUAGAACCAGAUCCUGAAUGGCCCCCUCUGGCCUCUUGUGGUGUCCCACAUUUUCAAAAGCCCUUUAUAAGCCCCAGCCAGCUCUCUAGAGAUCAUGCUACUCUAAAUGGAGCACUGCAAUUUGCCACCAAACAGGUAAGCCGAACAUUGAGUACAGCCACUCCCAUACCUGAAUACCUAAAACAGAUCCCGAAUUCAUGUGUUUCUGGUUGUUGCUGUGGCUGGCUAACUAAAACAGUUAAGGAAACAACCCACACUGAACCCAUCAACACUACCUACUCUUACACUGACUUCCAGAAGGCAGUUAACAAACUCCUAACUGCAUCACUAUAA